AUGGGUAAGCAACGCCGUCAAGCUGACCCAGUGUUUUCCACCCACCGGGCAUUCUACAAGGAGAUCCCCAGAACGGCAGAUGUCAUGUUGGUGGAGAAUGUUCCGGAGUAUGGGACUGAAGUAGCUCGUGACCAUCUACCCAAACACUGGGACUUCCGAAGCGUGACUAUCGACCCAAGACAUCUAGGUGUACCUGCUGGGAGAACACGCAUCUGGAUUUUGGCAUGGGAUACCAAAAGGGUCCAGUGGCGCGAGGGAGGCAUUUCCAUCGAAGAGGUCAUGCACAUACUGGGUGCCAGGGCUGUUGGAAAGGCUGGCGAUUUCUUCUGGAGGAAGUUGCCCGCAGCAGUCUUGACUCAUGCCCAGGCACGCAAUCUAAGCGAUUAUGAGAAGCUCAAGGGCUGGGUGCAAUAUCCGGACCUUACCCAGUACUGUGCCAACGAGCGGGGACGGGGUGAACUGCAAGAUGGGUCCCUCCAGACGCUGACAACCAACAGUUCACUCAUAUACUCCAAGGCACACAAAAGGUUCCUGUCCGCGCAAGAGAUGGUCGCAACGCACAUAUUGCCGACUUGCUCCGAGCAUGCCAGGAAAUGUAAGGCUCCAAUCGUGGAGCUUGAACAUAUGCCGGAAAGUCAUGCUUGCCGAAUGGCAGGCAACACAAUGUCAGUUCCUUGUGUGGCGGCUCUUUUGUUGACCGCCAUUAUCAACUUAAAGUUGGUCUGA